AUGGCGGGAGAAACCUGGCAAGCAGUUGUAGCCGAGCGACGAAGAGAGUUGGAUGCACUGAUCCCGGCAGAAUGGAAACUGAGCGAAGAAUUCAUGGCCUCGCUUCCGGCAGAUGGCCGACUAUUAGGGGCGGAGCCUGUGCGAAAGAGUGGAAUCCUUUCUGAAACUGAGCUGGAUAUCACGGAGAAUUAUACAGCAGGACAGCUUCUCCAGCGGUUGGCUUGGGGGGAUGUCAGCUCUUUGGCUGUGACGACGGCAUUCAGCAAGAGAGCGGCGAUUGCGCAGCAGCUGACGUCGUGCUUGACAGAGCACUUCUUCGCUCAAGCCCUCGAGCGAGCACGAUACCUUGAUGAGUACCUUCAGCGUGAAGGGAAAGUCGUUGGCCCGCUACAUGGCCUGCCGAUCAGUAUCAAAGAUAGCUUUCAAGUUGAAGGCAUGCAUACAACCGUGGGAUAUGUCUCUUUCCUAAAGAAUGGAGUGGCAACGGAGAACUCGGCGCUGGUGAACCUGCUGCUUGACCUCGGAGCGGUUCUCUAUGUGAAGACGAAUAUUCCGCAAACAAUGAUGACCGGUGACUCAGAGAACAACAUCUACGGCCGGACUUUGAACCCUCAUAACACUAACCUCACUGCAGGAGGAUCAAGUGGUGGCGAAGGGGCUCUCGUCGCUUUUCGAGGCUCUAUCCUCGGCGUGGGAACUGAUGUCGCCGGAUCGAUCCGGAUCCCCUCUCUCUGCUGUGGUACGUACGGCUUCAAGCCGACAACGGACCGAGUGCCUUUUGGCGGACAGGUCUCCGGUGUGGCAGAGGAGACACCUAUGAUUUCGCCAUCGGCGGGACCGUUAGCCCAGUCUCUCGAUGACCUUGAGCUCUUCAUGUCCCGCAUCUUAAGCGCUGAACCUUGGAGAUACGACGUCAAUGCUGUUGCAGUGCCGUGGAGUAAACAUGUUGAGUCUAAAUCCCUUCUUACGAUUGGGGUCCCACCAGAGGAUAAACACUUCCCUCUUCACCCGCCUGUCAAGCGGGCCCUGGAAUCUGCCAUUGAAGCCCUCAAGAAAAAGGGCCAUCGCAUAAUCCGGCUACCGAUUGAUCCAUCUCGAGACGUUGCGGACGCCAAUCGUUUGGCAUUCGAGUACUUCACCUACGGACCACGCCUCGACCAUAUUACACCCAGCGGAGAACCAGUCAUAAAGUCCGUGGCUACGCUUGCCUCACCUAUGUUUUCAGGGCCACCCUAUCUCAACCAGGACCUGGGAGUCUUCGAGAAAAUCAGUACACUGCAGAUCGCACGAAAGAAGUACGGCGAUGCCUGGCGCAAGGCAAUCGUAGAGAAUGGUCUCGACGUGCUUCUCGCCCCGGGUGCGCAGAAUACAGCCAUGCCGCACGAUACGUACGGGUGGCCGCCAUAUACGUCUAUAUGGAACUUGCUUGACUACCCGGCAUGUAUUAUUCCGUAUGGGAAAGCGAGCAAAGAACUCGACCCAGAGCCAAUGCAAGUGGGUGGCGGUCAGCCAAGUUAUGAUCCCGAAGCUGUUGAUGGAGCCCCUUGUGCUCUUCAGAUUAUAACGCCGCGAUUUCAGGACGAGAAGUGUCUUGCUGCGGCGAGGAUUAUUGAUCGUGACAUUCGCACUUGA